CUUGGAAUACUUGACAACUCUGAAGCAUAUUUCAACCAAAAAACCACAACAAAUCAAGAGGUGUUUUGUUGCCAUUUCCUUUGCAAAAUCAUCAAAUAUGAUAGAAAUAACGUGUAAUGAUCGUCUUGGCAAAAAGGUCCGCGUUAAGUGCAAUCCCGACGACACAAUCGGCGACCUCAAGAAACUCAUAGCGGCACAAACGGGCACAAAGCACGAGAAGAUUGUCCUUAAAAAGUGGUACACAAUCUACAAGGAUCCCAUUCGUCUAUCCGACUAUGAAAUCCACGAUGGCAUGAAUCUAGAACUCUACUACCAAUAAAUUUGCGAGGGAAGGGUUUCUUUACCGUAGAUGUCCAAAUUUUAUAGCUUCUUUGAUAAAUACAUAUAUGAAUUUUCAAAUAAAGUA